AUGGAGAGCGACAAGUUGCACGGGAUGCCGGAGUGCAAUUGGCGCUUCGGGGACGUGAUGACCUUUCUCGUCACUGUCGACGACGUGCUCAGGGAUGGAGGCUUGCGUUUUCGCCUGCUUUCGAAAACGGACUUCCGAUUCGGACCGCUGCAAAUGGAGUUGGCACAGACUGUGGAGUUGGGCAUUGAGGGAGCCCUGGACUUGAGAGAUGCUUUGCUGAAAUGCUGUCAACCCGGUGUACCACCGGGUUCGCCUUUUCGGCCGUUUGCCGAGCCAACAACUCGCUGCUGGGAUUCACCCGUGCUGCAGAUUGAUCUGAUUCAGAUGCAGUCAGCCUGUCCCCUGGAUGUCGCCGCCACAGCCUUCGUGUCCGUUACCUACUUCGGGGAUCCGUCCUCGCUUCUUCAGAAAGCCGAGAAGGCCGACAAGCCAUUGCUGAAAAGGAUAGCAGGCCCUUGUCUUGAUCCCUGUCACUGCGCAGAUCCUGCCGUUCAAGGGAGUGUGAUCCCCAGCUUUGCCGAGCCAGAUUCAGAGAAGCCACCUGAUUCGGAUUACACCACCUGCAUUCUGUCCGGCUGUGAAGAUCCACAGGCCUUUCGUGAGAGUUGUUUGCAGCUGGGCUCGGCCUGUUUACCACCUCACCUGCUUGCAUUGCAGCCACCUUGA